GGAGGGGGUUAACCCGGGCAGCUCUCAGCAGCGGUCUCUGCUUUCUGUCCGCUGCAUUGAGCGGAAAACAUCUGACUCCUGCUUCGUUUUUCCCGAAGCUGGCUUUGAUUCCUUUUUUUUUUUUUUUUGCUGCUCACUUCGCACCGGGGGCCGCGGAGGCAUCACGGGAACCACACGCGAAAAAAAUCAAGCCACAAGCAGCGAGUCCCACAAGACGGACAGCAGGAGCCCACCAUCCCUCCUCUGCGCGCAUUCACACAGACAAAUAAAAAGAGAAGCAUGUGUGGGUGUUGAGAGUCAUCUGCUCCCUUUAACCUCACUGCCCCUGAGAACGCCUCUGUCUGCUCUACCUUGCCUGACCGUCCACUCGUCCAGUGAGGCUCACUCCCUGCCAUGUCAGCCGAGGUGGCGAACAGCGUGCCCGUCCCUGCCGAUGCCGGCGCCACCUCCCCAUACGCAGGCUCGACCUCCAGCACUCCGCCGGCCUCCCCUGCUACGGCCACAUCCAAGGUCCCGUUCAAGAGAGAGAAGAAGAAAGCUCCAGAGAAGACAGAUGAGUACCUGCUGGGCAGGUUUCAAGGGGAUGGCGUGAGGUACAAGGCCAAACUGAUAGGCAUUGAUGACGUCCCAGAGGCCCGGGGAGACAAGAUGUGCCAGGACUCCAUGAUGAAACUUAAGGGCAUGGCUGUAGCUGCCCGGACCCAGGGUAAACACAAACAGAGGAUCUGGGUCAACAUUUCCAUGUCGGGAAUAAAGAUCAUUGAUGAGAAGUCUGGGGUGAUUGAACAAGAGCACGUGGUGAACAAGAUCUCCUUCAUCGCCAGAGAUGUGACGGACAACAGGGCGUUUGGAUAUGUGUGUGGUGCCGAGGGACAGCAUCAGUUCUUCGCCAUCAAGACUGGACAACAGGCAGAGCCGCUGGUGAUUGAUCUGAAAGAUCUCUUCCAGGUCAUCUUCAACGUCAGGAAGAAGGAGGCAGAGGCCUCACAGAAGGGUGAAAAUGGCACUGGGGUGGUUGAGAAUGGAAACGAUGCCUUGUUAAAUAUGGAAAGACAAGUAAAAACUACCCAACCAGUGGAGCAGCUUGACCUUUUUGGAGACAUGUCAACCCCCCCAGACAUCCAGGCUCCAAAUGACUCAAAUGAUAUUCUCUUGCUGGACUUUUCCGCUGAAGUUGACAGCAAUCAGAAUUGCAUAAAGGGGAGCUCCUUUGUAACGUCCUAUGAUCCUGACCAUGGGCUGUAUUCCCACACAGAGAAUCCCUUUUCCUCCACCUUUGGUUAUUUCCCAACUCCAGUCAGUGACCCUUUCAAAGACGACCCCCUCUCUAAAUCACCUGAUAAUCCCCAGGUAUUCCUCUCCAGCAGCCCCCUAAACGGCACCGCUGGCGGCACUAGUCAGACAAUUAUUAACGGUCCUUCGAAUGGAAACUCUGAACACCUUAGUCAGCAGAUGAAUGGGUUAACCAGCAAGAAUAUGAUCCUUGCUCUCAGUAAUGGACAGUGGCCACUAGGGGGCAAAAUAUCUCAAGGCAGCACCACUACCAUGAUGGACGGAAAUGACUCUGGAGUCCUCUCGACCAAAAACCCUUUUUUUGACUCAUCUUCGAACACUUUGCCCGUCACUAAUGGCGUAACUCCUCACCCGCAACCCCCUGUGACUCAUAGCAAGGACUCAGUUGUCAUAAGCCCCCCUCCGCAGAGCUCUAAGGCCGGACGAGGUCGACGGAGUGGAAAGUCUGCAUCCAGUGACCUGUUUGGAGCAGAGCUGUUCGCUGCUCCUGCUCCAUCUGAGGGUUCAUCUGCCCCAAGUGACUUUUUCAGCAGUGCACCUGCCAACUCCGCUCCCUCCUCCUUAGCUGCCCUGGGGAAUCUUCAUCUAAGUCAUCCAGCUACCACAAGUAUCCCUGCUGCAGGCAUGUGGGGAGCCCCCACUACAGCGCCCUCCAUGUUCCCAAUGCAAGGAAUGACCGCUCCAGGCCCUCUGCCUAACUUCCCACAGCCGUCUGCCUUCGGCGGUCUACCCAUACCACCCACAGCCUGGGGCCAGCCAGUGCCAUCCCAGUUUGGCGUCCCGCCCCAAGCCUGGGGCCAGCCUCCACCACCUGGCCAACUCGGAGCUCCAGGUUGGGGUCAGCCUGCAAUGACCAAUCCUUUCCACGCAGGCCAGUUCUCUGCGAUGGGCGAGCAGCAAGGUCCGUCGCGCCCCCCUCCCAGGCCACCAGUAAAAGAGGCCCCUCCAAAGGUAGAGAACAGCGCCUUCACAGCUUUGGACCCUCUCGGAGAUAAAGAGAAGAAAUGUGGAAAGGACAUGUUCAAGGACUUCCAGAUUGCCAAGCCUCCAGCCAUCCCAGCGAGGAAAGGGGAGCUCGGGACCAACUCUGCCCCCAUCAGCAGUGAGCCAGGGUCUUUCGAUCAAUACUUUUCCAAUAAAGUGGGCCUGGCUCAGGAUGUUGCAGAUCAUGAUGACUUUGAUAUCCAUCAAAUGUCAGCAAUUAAUGAUGUCCCCAAACCCGCUCCUGCUCCUGCUGCAGCUCUAGCUCCAAGCUUUAAUGCUGGCCUCCUCGAUGCCUUCUCCUCGGCCUCCAUCUCAAAUAACUCAGCACCAGCCCAGGGACAAGGCCCCAAUCAAGACAUGUUCGAUGAAGCAUUUGGGUCUCCAAACCCGAGUCUGUUCGGGGGGCCGCCUGUAACUUUGAUGGCCACUGUUGGUCAGACAUCUGGUUCAACGGCUGCUUUCGGGGAUCCCUUUGGAAACCCCUUUGCUUGACCGCAACUUUAUUCCCAGAGGAUUAAAUGGAAAACGGAGAUCUUCACGUCCCACCUUUGGGACAAUCAGCCGAGACAAUGCCCGAGACAAUCCAACAAACUCUUUUCCCUGAUGUUUUAUUUCUAUCCAAUCAGUAGUGCCCUUAUUUUUGAAGACCACUGAUCUGAGAAGUAAAUGUUGUGUCAUGAUCUGCUGAAGAUGGAAACAAGGUGUGUGUGUGUAUGUGUGUGUGUGAAUAUAUGUCAAAAGAGGCUCACUGCUGAAGCUGUGUGUAUUAAAGAAAUAAAAUAAUUCAACCAUGA